AUGGGCUCCAAGAACAUCAACAAAAAGCAGGCUGUCAUCGCUGAGCAGUCUUCCGCGGUCAUUUCAGCAAGCUAUCCCAAGGCGCCGAACAAAACCUUUCAUCUGAAGAGCCUCAAGCUAGGAAGCGAGCUUGAGAGCACUAUUCAAGGUACUGCCGGGAACCCAGAGACCAACAACAGCGCGGAGAAUGACAAUACAGUUGAUAUAAGCUACGAAAAGCUCGAACGUCUAGAGCACCGAAUUUUCAAGAGCAUGUACGCGGAUCGCAAGAACAGGCUCAUGGAGAUCUACUUCUCUCGCAUGGGCAGCAAGGUUCAGUGGAGUAGGAGCAAGAAAGCUCGCCGGCUGGCUAAACAUCGUUGUGCGUCGCGGGAUGAGAAGAGGGGGAUGGACUAA